AUGUCCGGUCAAUUCAACGUUGCCAUCGUGGGUGCCACUGGCAGAAUCGGCUCGAGUAUUGUGUCCGCCCUGCUCAAUUCAAAGGACCAUCACUUUAAAGUCACUGCUCUUGUUCAACCCGCCUCAGCCGACAAGCCCACCACCAAUUACCUCGCCCAACAGAACGUCAAGAUUGUGUCGGCAGACUUACAGGGUGAACUGAGCGAACUAGUAAAGACAUUAACUGGAAUCGACAUCGUAAUCUGUGCUCUGCCGCCCAACUACACGUUGGACCAGAUACCUUUGGCGGAUGCUGCAUUGCAGGCUGGAGUGAAGCGAUUCGUGCCCAACAUGUGGUCUACGGUAGCACCGCCAAAAAAUGUCAUGAAGAUUCGAGACACGCAUGAAAUUAUGAUCCCAAGAGUCGAUUCUGGACGAUUGGAUCAUGUGGCCUUGUAUUCCAAAUACUUCUUCGUCGACAAAGGCCUUGUUCCCUGCGCCACCAUCCAUAUCGACGACGUGGGACGCUAUGUGACUCGCAUCAUCUCGGAUCCGCGAACUCUCAAUCGGAUGGUCUUUGCCUACAGAGAGGUCACCUCGCAGAGUGAGGUUAUUCAGCUCAUCCAGCGGGUCAUAGACGAGGACAUUCCACUGGUGAUCCUUGAGUAUGUGUUCAGCGCUUGGGCGAGGGGGGACAAUCAACCUGCUCAGGCGAAUUUGCUUGGCUAUCUGAAUGCCAAAGACUUGUAUCCGGACUUUCAGGCCGUCUCGUUAGAGGAGACAGUGGCCGAAGCAUUGAAAAAUGGAGGUGUCAAUCCUGGGUUUGGUAGCAGCGAAUUUUGCCUAAAUGACUGUCACUCUCAAUUUCACGCUUCAUAUUGGUUUGGGGCAAGGGUGACUCCGAGCUCACAGUCCCUGAAGUCGACGUCGAAAUGGUUUAUGGCCAUCUUAGCAACACUCACUACAAGUGAAAACUGA